AUGGCAAGGUAUAUGGGAGAGCAAGAAGGUGUCUCUGCUAUUGUAGUUCGUAUUGGUGCUUUCAAACCAAAUUCCGUUGCGCAAGUUGAAUAUGAACAUUACUGGAUGAUGGAUGCUUGGUUAUCACCACGUGAUGCCUGUCACCUCUUUGAACGUUGUAUUGAUGCUUCAGAAACCAUUCGUUUUGUCAAUGCUCAUGGCCUGUCAAACAAUACAUUCAAUUGUAUGGAUAUUCAAUCCACGAAAGAUCUGUUAGGUUACGAGCCGCACGAUAAUUUCUUCGAAGAAGCACCAAACUUUAAAGCAUUAAAAUAUUGGUGA